UUUCCCCCUGAAAAUCCCUGCACCAAAAUCAGCUCUCCCGCCCCGCGGAGGUUUUGAUUUUAGUGGCUUUCCUUCCUUUUAUUUUCCGUCGUGUGCGGGUUUGGGCUGCCAAGCAAAUUUGCAGCUCGUCCAUGUCAGCGGCAGUCGCUUCUGCCGCCGCUUACCCUGACACCAUGCACUCCGAAGCAGAAGAAUCGAAGGAAGUGGCCACAGAUGUCUUUAAUUCCAAAAACCUGGCCGUUCAGGCACAAAAGAAGAUCUUGGGUAAAAUGGCGUCCAAAUCCAUCGCUACCACCUUAAUCGAUGACACGAGCAGCGAAGUGCUGGAUGAGCUCUACAGGGUGACCAAGGAGUACACCCAGAACAAGAAAGAGGCAGAGAAAAUCAUCAAAAACCUCAUCAAAACGGUCAUCAAGCUGGCCAUUCUUUACAGGAAUAAUCAGUUUAACCAAGAUGAGCUAGCACUCAUGGAGAAAUUCAAGAAGAAAGUUCAUCAACUUGCUAUGACCGUGGUCAGUUUCCAUCAGGUGGAUUUCACCUUUGACCGGAAUGUGUUAUCCAGGCUGUUAAAUGAGUGUAGAGAGAUGCUCCACCAGGUCAUCCAGCGUCACCUCACCGCCAAGUCACAUGGACGGGUUAAUAAUGUCUUUGAUCAUUUUUCAGAUUGUGAUUUCUUGGCUGCCUUGUAUAAUCCGUUUGGAAAUUUUAAACCCCACUUACAAAAACUGUGUGAUGGCAUCAACAAAAUGUUAGACGAAGAGAACAUAUGAGCAUGUGAGUUGAGAUUGUGACUGCUCAUGAUUUAUUUGAAGAUGGAGCACUGCUGAUUUAUGAAGGAAAAAAAAAUAAUGUUUUAAAGAUUACACAUAUUUCAGGAAGACUUUGCCCAAUUCAGUUGUCAGACGUUAAUGAUAAUGUUUUAUGAGGCUUGUUUUAUUUGAAGCAAAGCAUAUUGCCAAAUAUUCUGGUAAAAAGCUUCCCAGCGGUUAGCAGAUCACGGGAAGAUGUAUGGUUGCAUGAUGCAAAUAUAGAGUUAUAUAAAGAAAGAUACGUGUGGCUCCAAACCUCAAGACAUCUUUUUUAGGGCAGUUGUUAUGUUCGUGGCACAUUGGAUAUUUCUAUCAUGUACAGAAUUGUGUAUUUUGAUUCACCUUUAUUCCUUACUGUGUAUGUGUACCUCUUUUAAAAAGCCAAGAGCUCUCUCUUACUGUCAUUUCUCC